AUGCUGAUUGGAGGUAGGGCACAGUCAUCGGUCAAGCCAAGCCGCGCGGCACAGCCCAAAGUAUCGAGCGGCAAGCGGCGCGCCAAAGCCCAAAAGUAUUUCCCUAAGUCUCCUAGUCCCCCAUCCCCACCUCUCUCGCAGCACACAUUCAACCUAAACCUAAAUCGCCGCCGCCGCCCCCGCCCCCGACCUACCCAUAGAUUUGCUCGCAUCGCCGCCGCCGCCCCCGACCUACCCAUAGAUUUGCUCGCAUCGCCGCCUCCCCCACCACGGCAUCCCACCCUUGCCCGUCCUCUAGUCCUGCGUGCUGCCCCGUCAUCCACGGCCGAGGAGCUGCUGCCCCGUCUGCAGCCAAGGCGCCGCCGCCUAGUCCACUGCCUAGGAGUUGGCGAGGAGGCAACACUGCAGUUCUGGAGUCGCCCAGCCGUUCUUCUUCCUCCACCAGCGACCCCUGUCCAGAUCGACACCCUUGUCCUGCCCCGACUCCAGGCCACUGCAGGAGAAAAGAUGGAAGGAACAAGAGGUGAAAGCGAGCUCCCUGCAUAUGAACAAUCAAGAGUUAGGCUUGUAGCAGACAUGAAUUGGCUGAAGAACUUGGCUAUGACCCACAGAGAGAUGACAUAUUUGUCAGAGCACAUACACAUAAAAUUGGAGUUCCUACCGCACAAGCAAACACUAAUUAACAACCUGAAGAAGCAGCUGAACCGCCAACAACACUUGCAAUGGAAAUUCAAUUUCGUCAACAAGAUGAACAGGUUUCUACUCUACUAGAGCUCACGGAACAAAUGCAAUGAAAAAUUGGAGAGAUGCAUCAAGUUCUCUUUUCUCAAGGAAUCGGAAUGUCGAAAUACCAGGGACAUAUGGUAGAAAGUAGGAAGUCCACAAGUUGAUCUAAGAUGUUCCGGUGAUCGCUUUUGUUCAUUACAUGGUCGACACAACUUAUUCGUAUGGAAGUUGAUGCCGGCUUUGGUGAUCGAAGGAUUGGUCUUUUUCAUAUAAGGAAGUUGAUGCUGGCUUGGUGAUUGAAGGAUUGGUCUCUUUCAUGUGGAAGUUGAUGUCGGCUUGGUGAUUGAAGGACUGGUCUCUUUCAUAAUUGCUCUCUUAGAAGCUUGCCCCUCGUAUUUUGGAGCAGGUCACGUCUUGUGUGUAAGACCUAUGUAUUUCCUUAAUGGAUGUAGCUAACUUGAGUGAAGAAAACUAAUGAAUCUUCAAUUUAUGUUGAAUAAAUGUAUUGGUUAAUGGUAUCUUGUGAUGAAUAUAUAGAAGAGUAAUUGUUUGUAUAUGUAUUGUGUACUGAACAUGAAUUGAAUUUUAUGAAUGUAAUUUCACUCAAAA